GUCCUCAGCCUGCUCUGCUCCCACCGACGGAGAACAGAACAUGCCCCAUUCCAUCACUUGACAGAGACACAAAAUGCUCUCUCACCACUGCCAACCACUCGAACACCCGCACUGGUUCCCCGUCACGCUCGCCGCCGUCCUCGUCGCCGGCAUUCUCGUGAGCUACCUGCCCCAACACUUCAAAAUCAUCAGCCGCAGAUCCAGCGAAGGCAUCUCGCCAUGGUGGGUGUUACUGGGUGGACUCAGCAGCAUCGCCGCCAUCGGCAACAUUGUCACCCUCCCCACGAGCCGAGCCGACAUGCUGUGCUGUCGUGAAAUUGGCGAGUUUGCCUGUGGUGCUGCUCUGCUGGGAGUGAUGCAGAUUGGCGUGCAGUUCUCGUGCUUUAUGAUCAUUGUAUUCCUCUACAUCACCUUUGCCCCACGAGAAGAGGACGAGGUAGAUCUCUCCUCCUCAGUCGCGACCCUCACGAAGCCUCCACCUCCCAGUCGACCUCGCGACCCUCUGAUUGUCGGGACCGUGAUUGGUCUUUCGCUCUUCGUCGUCGCCCUUACUUCACUCAUCCUUGUUCUCCGCCAUCCAGACCAUACUCAACGAUGGGCGGAUCUGCUGGGAACAGUCUCGGGACUUCUCGCUGCCGUACAAUACCUGCCCCAAAUAUACUUUACCUGGAAGAUCAAGGAUCUCAAGAGCUUGAGUGUGGGUACACUGCUGAUACAAGCACCUGGCGCCUUUUUAUUUGCCUACAGUCUGUUCCUACGUGUCAGCUGGAUAGGAUGGUCGACGUGGCUCGUCUACAUUGUCACUGGACUUCUUCAAUUUGUACUGCUGGGAAUGGCUGUCGUGUUCUGGAAUCAGCGAAUGCAGGGUCAAGGCCACAGUGAAGGAGAUAUAGUAGUAGACUCUACUGGCGCUGCAGAAGAACGCUCGCCCCUUUUACGUACUGCAUCAUGA